ACGAACAAAAAAACAUCGCCAGGGGGAAAUAAAGCUUUCUAUUCCUUGCUUGCCUUUGCAAUCGACUGCAAACCUUUUGGCACUUGUAUGAGCUACACAGUCUUAAAAUCUCUGGGCGCUCCGGCUGCGUUCGACGGUUCCCGUCACCUUCCUCCAUCAUUUCCGACUACCUCGAACAAACGAAAAUGAUGCUGGACUGUCGUUGUACUGCCUUCAAGACCAUCAACGGUGCUCUUUGAGCGGCGUCUGGUCCUGCCGGCACAUACCUCUUGACGGGGGCACAUCUAUUGAUCGAAACCACUACGAUUCUCGACUACAGUUGACCUUUCGAUUCUUUGACGACUGCUAUUCAUUUGCGUCUACCCGUCCCUCUCGAACCUGGCCCUUCUACGAUCUCACGUCAACCAUCCGCAACCAAUCAACUACCUUCAGCCUCUGUGAUGUACAGCGACUGCAACUCACAAGAUAUUGAGAUGGAGCGAACUAUGAUAUCAAGACGAAGUGCUCGAUCAUCUAUUGAACCCGGCGAGCAGGCAAAGCCGGACUUUGAGUCCCAGACUCAAUCCAAAAGGAAUUCAAUCAUGGAAAUAGAAUCCACGCAGGAGUUGGAGGACUGCGUGGGAUCUACAACAAGCAUUCAGAGUGGCUGCAAGCUGCAAAAGUCGUUGUCUAUGCCCGCUCUCUAUGCCUCCCCUUAUGUUUGGCUUGACCCUAUGGAGCCGAGCUCCUGGGGCAAGGACGGUUACCUCAAAGUCAUGACUGGAACCGGCACCGCAGUAAAGGGGACGGACUUCCUACAGCAGCUUGAGGCCGGGCUACCCGGUGAUUCGCAAAAGACGUCAAGACCUGUGAAUUUUGGCAUGAUAGUUCCGGGCGUCUAUCGGUCUGGCUAUCCUCAGCAGGAGCACCAUGCGUUUAUGAAGGACCUGAAGCUCAAGACUGUUGUAACUUUGGUCGAGAAGGAACCGCCGGAGGGCUUCAAGCCCUUCCUCACAAGCAACAACAUCAAGCACCACAUCAUCGCCAUGAAGGGCACCAAGAAGGAGUCAAUUUCAUUGGGAACUAUGCAGAGCAUUCUAAAUGUUGUGCUAAACCCCAAGAACCAUCCUCUACUGGUUCAUUGCAACCACGGCAAACACCGCACUGGAUGUGUUGCAGGCGUGGUCCGCAAAGUCACUGGGUGGGAAACCGACGCCAUCAUUGACGAGUAUCGCAAGUUUGCCGACCCCAAGGAACGGGAAUGCGAUAUCGACUACAUCACAAUGUUCGAUAUUGCCGACGCCAAGCUUUCUAGCAUGUUUGCUAGGAAGCCUCUCUACGCACAGGUUGGCCCGAUUGGCAUGGUCAUGCUGACUAUACUCGUCCUUGCUCUUUUCACUCUCACCAUGAUUAAGGACAACGUUGCCACCGAUUGGUCGUAGACCUUUUGUCCAGAAGGUCUGCAAAAUCGCUUUCAUCAACAAGGUAUCAAUACCAAAGCCCUGCAUCUGGCCGAACUACUGCCGGUGCUUUGCCUUGUUUUGUUACGAUCCGAUACGGGGCACCGAAGCAAGGAUCGAUUGAAUGACUUCACCAGUCAAAUGGAAUGUGUUCCACAGUGCGCACCUAUUCGGCAACACUUCCGGCAAAAGUUAUUGCAUGUUGCGUUGGAUUCUUGCAUGAUAUCAGGAAGCUGCGCUCAUGCAGAGAGCAUCUGCUCUUUGUUCUUUUCUUUUCCUUUGUUUUCCCCGUCGCUUGUUUGCUAGAUGAUAUAGUGGGGACCAUCAAGUGCUGAGACGUCUCCCGGAGUUUGGUAUAAGAGCUGGUGGUUUUGUUCCCGCUCGAUUGUUUCUUUUUGCAUUGGAAAACCCACUUCUCUCGAGUUGCCUUUGUCAUGUUAUCGACAUAGGAGAAAAAAGGGCGAUAUGUCAACUCACAGGACCGCAAGGUUUAUUAUGGUUUGCUUGUUUGCAUUCCCCUUUUUUUUUCCUGUUGCGGACGCUGGAAAUUGGUUUGGUUUGUAUUUAUUAAGCAUUCACCAUCACAAAACAUGGCGUGUUAGGAAAUAAUUCCUUGGCAUCCGUGGAAAUAUCAAAUUUCUUUUGUUGCAUCUUGUCCCUUGCAUAUGUGGAUCAUGUUUUAGAUGGUUACCUCAAACUGGACCUUUU